GACUACUACUGAGAUCUUCUUUGCGAAGGGCAUUCGUGCUCGUCCCGAAGUCAAUCUGACCUCACCACCACCAUCACCAGCCGUGCUCUUCUCGCAUUGACGCCUCGUCUUUCAAACUGCGUCCUCGAUACGGCGCACUCUGCGCUCCAUCUCGCAGCCAUGUCGCAGGCGGAUGCGCAGAUGAGUCCCCCUGCUGGCCCAUCGAUAUCGUCCAGGCCCGAGCAUCCUGCUCCUGAAGCGCCAGCUGCGCCUUCAGAGGCCUCUGGGUUGAAGACGGAGUCUUCGAAAGCGAGCGCAGCCACAAGUUCCCCAAAGUCUGCGGCGGCAAGUGCGUCGCAAGUGCCUUUGUCCUCUACACGUGCUUCGGACGUUGGCUCGACUGUGCCUCAAGUGACACCUGCGAAGCGACCAGCUGGACCCUCUACGGCGCCCACGCCUACAUCGGGUGCCACAGACGCACCGCCUGUCAAGAAAAGCAACACUAGCGCAACUCUUCCUUCGCCACGGCCAGCUUCUGGUGCGGCAAACUCAAGGCCGAUUCCCAGCCCAGCCGCUGGCAACUCAGUCACCAGGCCGUCAGCCCCCAUCAGGCCUCCUCCACGGCCAUCUGUACGAGUGGUAUCAGGCGGUACAACUUCGGGCACAAGCUCCGCUACUAGCACGAGCACCAAACAGCCCGCAUCUGCAUCAGCGACUACUGCCAGACCAGCUAGUGCAGCAUCCAUUGCAGGCAGACCCCAAGUCCCUCGACCCCCUCAUCCUCAAGCCAGGCCGCAGGCUCGACCGCCUACCUCCGCCAACUCGACACGAAUUCAACCUCCAUCGGGUAGUGCUCCACGCCCUGUGGGACCCAGACCAUCAACAAUAUCAUCGUUUGCACCGAGCGGAGCUGCUGCAAAUCGUCCACACGUGCCAUCCCCUUCCACACCCCAGAGCUCAAACGCGCAUCGAACAAGCUCAGUGCGCCCGGACAACAGUUCUGCUCCAAAACGUGCACCUGUCAAGAGUCUUGCUGGAUCGCCUCGCGGGGACACAAAAGCUGGCCCAUCACCCUCUGCUGCUAAUGUGACCAGCUCGAGCGCCAGCACGAGCGCUUCGCCUGGCCCAGCGCCCAAGGACACUCGCAAGCGGAAAGUCGGGACUGCGUGCAUUUACUGCAGAAGGAGCCAUAUGACUUGCGACGAAAGCAGACCAUGCAAACGGUGCAUCAAACGUGACAUCGGUCAUUUGUGCCAUGACGAAGCUACACAGAGCAGCGUUUCUGCUGCGAAUCCGAGAAGAGGCUCUUCCUCUGCUAUUGCGACUGCAUCUGGCGCUGCAGGCGAUUCAAGCACGCAUGGUACUGCAAAAGUCACUCCGCCUGCUGGAAACAGCAAGGUUACUAAACAGCGGAAAGGUGAAGGUGCUCAGCAUGCAAAGGUCGGUGUGCCACCCGAGGGAGGUCCAACGACUGCUCGAUCUCCGGCUGGAAUGGGACCAGCGGCUCACCUUGAGGUCGGAGAGGCAGCUGAUGACUCGUCGGGUGCACCACCGGGUGACUUGUCCAUCGUCGCUCCUCCAGUGGGCGAAGGGAUGUCUCGUCCAGACAGUAGUGAACAAGCCAGCUUGUCCAAUCCACCAAAUGGACUGAUCACUCCCAACGCAGCCAGCGCAUAUAGUAAUUUUGGACAGCUGCCUUCCGCUGGGUGGAGCUGGGGAGGCACGGGAGCUAGCGCACUGGGUGGAGCGGGCUUUCUAGGACUGGGAGGUGGAGCCGCCGAUGAGCACGGCUUCAGCGCAACAGGCGACGCGGCAGGAGGCUUGGAGUUUAGCAUUCUGAGCGAGUUCCUAGAAUCUCUCGAUGGACCCGCGGGGCUUUCUAGCCCUUCGAACGGAGGAGCGUGGGGCCAGGCAGCUUCUAGCUCACAGGCGCAGGCGACCCCAAGGCUGUUUUCAAACGCGCUGGGAGAAGCCGCUUCCCGGGACGGAGUCGUUCCCAGCAGUGAUUGGGGGGCUUCCGGUGGCAUGGGCUCCACGCCUGUCAGUUCAGGUGGGAUCAUGCUGGAUGCGACGCUCAGCUCCAUGGCCCCGAGCUCGCCAAGCACGAUGGGAAUGAUGCCUCGUCGUUCUAAUCAAAACAAUGAUGUUUUUGGUACUCCUGGUGCGAGGCAUCGGACACGAGGGCUCUCUAGUUCUUCCAUGAAUGGUCCUGGAGGGAUGGGAUCCAGAUUGGCAUUUACCACUGCACCUACACCCGCUUCGGUCGCUGCUGCUGCUAGCGCCGCGACUGCCCCGGAAGUAGAUGCCAGCGGAAGCUCCAUGAGCCCGCUCUUCCCGUCCACUACACCCCGAAGCGGCGAGAAUGCAUCACUAAGUGUCGUCACAGGCGCUCCUACGGCCGCUGGUGCUGGCAACGGCGCUUACGCCCCGGUUCUCAAAGGCUUCAGCUCCAAGACCGAAAAGUUCUUCUUGACUGCUGCAGAUCAGAAUGAUGCGACUAGAGAGGAAAGGUUAGGAAAGGUCAUCCAGGCGAAGUAUGACGCCGGCUUGCUCAGGCCAUACAACCACGUCAACGGCUAUGCCCGGCUCAACAGAUGGAUGGAGUCUCAUUGCUCGCCCGCCUCACGUCGGAGGAUCCUGAAGCCUCUUUCAGUCUUCAGACCGGCUUUCCGAGCAGUGGCCCAGCAGCUGACCAACAUCGACUUGAUCUACAUUGAGGAGGCAUUUGAGCGACUCUUGCUCGACUAUGACCGCGUCUUUUCCACCCAGGGCAUCCCCGCUUGUUUGUGGAGGCGCACUGGGGAGAUAUACAAAGGAAAUCGAGAAUUUGCGGAAUUGCUUGGAGUUGGGAUAGAGCAGCUGAGAGAGGGCAGACUGUGCAUAUACGAAUUGAUGGAUGAGGAGAGCGCUGUCAAUUAUUGGGAAAAAUAUGGCGCGGUAUCCUUCGAUCCUGGCCAAAAGGCUGUAUUGACGUCUUGUGUGCUCAAAAUACGCACUACUAGCUUCGCGAGCGGAGGGUGGGCUGCGGCCGGAAGGCCAUCCAGCAACUCUAGCGUUAACGCUUCUGCUGUUGCUGCGCACCUGCUUCCUCAAGGAAGUGGUCUGAACAGUGCUUCCAACUCCGCGCCAGGCAGCAUCAGCAACGGCGGCGCGGAGAUGAAUGGUUCGGGCAACGCAUCUAGAAGAGGAAGCGUGGCUCAGUCGUCUGCCUCUGCUCUGAGAGGGGCUCAAACCAUGUCUAGAAGCAACACGGCCACGCAAGAAGAUGAGCCUGGCAUUGUGAGAGUCAAGUGCUGCUUCUCCUUUACCAUCAGGCGAGACGCGUGGAACAUACCCACGCUUGUUGCUGGCAACUUUAUACCUGUGCAGAAAUGAUCUCGUCAUUCUGUCGCCCCACCUCCGCGAGAGAACCUCACACUUGCCAUUGUCUAAUUUGCCUCGUCUCCUGUCUCUGUUGUAAUUUGGAGCCGAUAUGUACCAUCGAUUGCCUGCAAUGCAAACCAAGAAUCACACGG